UUCUAUUGGACCAACUCACCACCAUUGUUGAAUUCAAUUACUUAAUACUUAAACUUUGUCUUACAAAAUUUUUCACAAAAAAUAUCUGCUUUCUGCGUAUAAAAAUGGACCCCAUUUGUUCUUCUUCCUCCUCCACAACAUUUAAAUCCCUAGAUAUAACCUGGUUGUUUCCUCAUAAAUCCUUUUCAUUUUCCAGAAACCAUACAAGAAUCCAAAAAAAAAAUAAAAAAUUAAAAUGGAGCUUCAGGAGAAAAACUCCACCGACUUUACAGAGUUGUUUACAGGAGAUAUUUCUUGGUUUGUAUGUCGGCGUUACCUAUAUAAACCUCCCUUCAACCCCUUUUACCGACUUUUUAUCUAUCACCCUUAUCGAAAUUUUGAAUCUUUUGAUCACAAAAACUAUUAAAGUUUCAAUCUUUGAUCCAUAAAAACCACAAAUCUCUUUGUAUGAUAUGAACCCAUUUGAUAAAAAACAAGAAUCUGAUACUGAUACAAAAACCCCAUUUUUGACUGAAAUGGACUCUGAAUUUGCUGCGUUUUCACCAAUUUCACUCCCUUUUGCUGACCCAUCUUCUCCUUUUAUCAAUUUUGGAUCUUUUGCCACUCCUUUGAGCCAACAUCCAGUUGGAGAAGGGGAAGGAGAAGGAGAAGGGGGAGAAAUUGAACAGCCAGCUGAGGGAGGAUUGGGUGUGCCGCAGCCUAUGGAGUGUUUACAUGGGAUACAAAUUCCGCCAUUUUUGUCAAAGACUUUUGAUUUGGUUGAGGACCCUUUAUUGGAUACGAUUAUUUCUUGGGGUAGAAAUGGAGAAAGCUUUGUAGUUUGGGAUCCAGUGGAGUUUUCAAGAUUGGUUCUUCCUAGGAAUUUCAAGCACAGUAAUUUCUCCAGCUUUGUUCGACAGCUUAAUACAUAUGGAUUUCGCAAAAUCGAUGCUGACAGGUGGGAGUUUGCGAAUGAAGGGUUCUCGAGAGGGAAGAGGCAUUUGUUGAAGAACAUACAGAGGCGAAGGUCACAUCAGGGUGGGAGUUCUUCUGGAUCAUCUGCUGAAGCAGGGAAAGGUACUAUGGAUGAGAUAGAGAAACUCAGGAAUGAGAAGAGUUUGAUGAUGCAGGAAGUUGUUGAGUUGCAGCAGCAGCAGCGUGGAACAGUUCAACAAAUGGAAUCCGUUAAUGAAAAGCUUCAGGCUGCAGAACAAAGACAGAAGCAGAUGGUUUCAUUCUUGGCCAAGGUGCUUCAAAAUCCCACAUUCUUGGCUCGUGUUCGGCAGAUGAAGGAGCAAGGAGAAAUUACUAGUCCAAGAACAAUGAGGAAAUUUGUUAAACAUCAGUCACAUGGUCCGGAUGGAGUGGGGUCGUCUUCAAUGGAAGGGCAGAUAGUCAAGUUCAGGUCUGACUUUCAAGACCUUGCAGGAUGCUUUGACAGCCCAGAUUUCAAUACAGUUGUGGAUCAACAACUCCCAGAAAUUGGUUUAGGAGCGGAAGCCAUGCCUUUUGAAGGUGUUCCUGUUGCUGAUGAACUGACAGUGGCACAUGAACUUCUUAAUUGUUCAGAUCGGGAAAUACGAGGAGCUUCAUUCUUUAACUCCGAAGGCUCUCAAUUCAAAGGGAAGAAUGUAGCUAGUCCUCAAAUAGAAGUUAUGCCCGAGUACUUUGCCUCUUUUCCAGAGGAGAUGGGGAAGGAGAAGAACGUUUCAGGAUUUUCCACACCAGCUAUUGGAAGUAUGGUGAAAGAUGAGGAACUUUGGGGUAUGGGUUUUGAAGCCAGUGCUGGCAUGCCAAGCACUGGUGCCGAGUUAUGGGAUAGUCGUAGCAGCUAUGUUCCAGACUUUGGUGUUAGCUCUGGUUUGUCAGAUUUAUGGGAUAUAGAUCCCUUGCAGGUAGCUGGAAGUUCUGGGGUCGAUAAGUGGCCAGCUGAUGGGUCUCCUUUUGGUCAGUCUGGAAGUCAUGCAAACCAGCCCAAGAAUGAUAGUUUCUAGGAAAGAGUACCCUUGGGCCUUCAGUGUGCCAUUGGGAUACUGCCAUCAUUUAGUUGAUGGGACAUAAUAUUGAAUGAGUGAUUAUAAAUAUUUUAGUUGAUAAUUACUUUUGACUGGUUCUUUUCUUCUAUUCCCUCUCCUUGGUCUGCUAUUUCUCCGCUAAUUGUGCUGGACUGUGAAUAUUUGAUGGCAUAAAUUGUAGAUAUUUCCUGCUAACAUAUACUCUUUUAAGUUGUGAAAUACGCAGGUUUGCAGCACUGAAGGCGAGUAUGGGACUUCUUUAGAGAAUUUCGGACUUGAAUGAGUGAAUGACAUUGCUCGCUCAAGCUUUUUCCAGUCGAUUCUUCUGUAAUUGCUUGCUUGGAUCUUGUACCCUCGCCUAGGCAAAGCAAUGAUGUACAUCAGAAACAGCUGGCGAAGUCCUUCUCAGGGCUUAGCUCAGGUGGCAAAGGUCGAGGGAAGUUCAAGCCUUGCAUCAUGCGAACUAAGCCUGAUAUUUAAGUGGACAUUGUGUUUGGUUCCAAGGGUUGGGCCAGACUGAUUUCUUGGUUAUCAAGAAAAAGAUCCUGCUCAGCUAUUCGGUUCCCCUUAGCUUAUUUGUAUAUAUCUAAAUGUGUAGGAUGUUCAUCAGGGGCAAUCUGAUUAUUGUUGUGUCAAUGUAAUAAUUGAUAGGUUAUCCUGGCAAACCAUUUGAGAAGUAUCUGUACUGUGAUAUUGAUAGGGGGAAGAAAUGGUCAUCAGAAAGGUGAUUAGACAUGACAAACUUAUAGCUUACCAUGGAUAUGAUUCCUAAAUAAGAGGAUAUUGGGGUUGAUCAUUAGGGUAGAACAUUAGUAAGUAGUCCAACAUUGUUUAGUUUCCUUAUUAUUGUUCUCCUAGUUUCGUAUUCUGCAAUUUUAGUAUUAUCUGUUGUUCCUUUUUAUUUUUGUUACCA